AUGACUAAGACUCUCCCAUUCGGCGACCAGCAGGUCCCAGUUCCCGGCUUCGGCGCCAUGGGCCUCAAUCACGGCAUGGGAACAGAUCUCGAUGCCUCCCAGUCCGAGGCCGUUCUUCUGAAGGCUAUCGAGCUCGGAUGCACCUUCUGGGAUACUGCGGUUGCCUACAAGGCCGGCGAGAACGAGAAGCUGCUUGGGGACUUCAUCAAGAAGCAUAACGUUCGCGAUAAGCUCUUUGUCGCCUCGAAAUGUGGCUUCGAAGUCUUCGGACCUGAGCGCAAAGUCACCAACUCGGCCGCUCACAUCAAGGAAUACAUUGAGGGCACAAUUGAGAGACUGGGUUUCACACCGGAUCUCUACUAUCUUCACCGGAUAGAUCCCAACACCCCUCUCGAGGAGUCCAUCGGCGCCCUCGACGAACUCCGCCGGAGCGGCAAAACCAAGUACAUCGGCCUGUCGGAAUGCUCUGCUGCAACCUUGCGCAAGGCCCACGCCAUCGCCAAGAUCGAUGCAGUGCAAGCCGAGUACUCUGCGUUUGAGACGGUGCACGAGACCAGUGGCCUGAUCGACACGGCCAAGGAACUGGGGGUAGCCUUUGUGGCCUUCAGCCCGCUGGGACACGGCUGGCUCGUGGACGACUUCGACUACAAGUCUCCCGAUGACUUUGCCGCGGAUGAUUUCCGACGCACCGUCCCGAAGUUCCAGGGCGAGAACUUUUACAAGAACAAAGCCAUCGUCGAUGAGAUCAAGAAGCUGGCAACUCGGAAGGGCUGCUCGGUCGCGCAGAUCGCGCUGGCGUGGGUGGCUGCGCAGGGACUCAUCACCAUUCCGGGUACAACCAAACCCUCGCGUUUGGAGGAGAACUGGGGAUCGCGCCAUGUGGAAUUGACACCUGCGGAGCUCAGCGAGAUGAGAAGGCUGGUGGAAAACACCAAGCCGACUGGAGAGCGGUUCAACGAGCUUUUUGGAUCGUUGUGCGGCCAUUAA